UAUUCGUGACGAGCCUUCAUGGCUAUCGACAUGUGUUCGAGGGUUAGAAUUUGAACACGAGUCCAGGUGGGUCCUUCUUGUUGAUCACCUCUCUCGCCGAUACAAUCUUGGACGCGAUUAUGGAGGGCAAAGACUUUUUCGUCAAGAUGGUAAACAACGAGAAGGGCAAAGGACUGUUCUCCAAACGUGCGUACAAGGAAGGAGAUGUCAUAUUAGAGGAGAAGCCUGUGGUAUCUUGUCAGUUUUCAUGGAACUCCGAUUACGGAUACCUGGCCUGUGAUCAUUGCUUGAGACCGUUGGAAACUGCCGAGGAGAAUGCUCAGAGGCUAGCAGGGAAUUCAAACAUCGUUCUGCCUCACAGUGAGUGCUGCGAAACAAAUAAAAAUCUGACGACCGAGUGUCCCACGUGCGGAGUCAAAUAUUGCAGCGUGGAAUGUCAGAAUGAAGCGUUUCAAAGAUAUCACAGUACGUUAUGCCUGCAAUCGAGAGUUAAAGACGAGAAUCAUCCUCUGACCCAAUUAAAUGAAACGUGGAAACAAAUGCAUUAUCCACCGGAAACCGCAACGAUCAUGUUACUAGCGAGGAUGGUGGCCAUGGUUAACCAGGCAAACGACAAGCAGCACGUCUACUCGAUGUUCUCUCAAUUUUGUCACCGUACUGUGAACGACACGCACGAAAUCGCGCACAAUUUGUUGGGAGAAAAAUUUGUGGGACAGAUCGAUGUUCUUCGGGGAAUGAUGGAGAAGGCUCUUAAUCUUGAGUAUACUGCGCAUUGGUUCACACCAGAUGGAUUUAGAAGUUUGUUAGCUUUGGUAGGAACGAACGCACAAGGGAUUGGCACGAGCGCUUUCAGUCGUUGGGUGAGAAACGUUUCUGCUUUAGAUCUGCACAAGGACCAAAGAAUUUACAUCGACAAAUUGAUAGAUCGAAUUUACGAUGAGAUGGAGGAAGUGGUAGGCUCGUUUUUGAAUAACGAAGGGUCCGGUCUCUAUAUUCUGCAAUCGGCGGUGAAUCACAGUUGUGUACCGAACGCAAGCGUCGAGUUUCCUUAUUCGAACAACACGUUAGUGUUGAGAGCGACACGAGAUAUACAAGCCGAGGAGGAGAUUUGCACAAGUUACCUCGAAGAAUGUGAGCUCGAGAGAAGCAGGUAUUCCAGGCAGAAAGCAUUGAGUUCCUUGUAUCUGUUUAUUUGUCGUUGCGACAAGUGCCAGUCGCAAGCCAAUGAUCCUGAUGUGACGUCCGACGAAGAAGUGGACGCGUCUAGUUGAACGAGAGGGAUGUCGAUGUAACACGCAAUGUUACGGAUAAAAUAUCUAACCUACCGUAAAGAUAUAACGAUUAUCUAACAAAAUCAUCAUUAUGAUUCACCCGAGUAUAUUUCGUGCACACCGAACGAUCAUUAUAAAAAGAUCAACGGUGUGUAUAGCAUAGAUAUAAUAUGUAUAAAUCUGGUAUAUAUACUACUCAAUAU